AUGCUCACGGUUCAACUCCCCGACGGGAGCACUCGCGACUUCGAUUCUUCUGUCACUUGCCUCGAGGUCGCCGAAGCGAUCGGCCCCGGCCUCGCCAAAGCCGCCAUCGCCGCGGAGGUCGACGGCGCGCAGCGUGACCUCGCCUACCGCUUGCCCGCCGACGGCAAAGCCGCAGUCAAGUUCCUCACGAAGCGCGACCCCGAAGCGCUGCCGAUCAUGCGCCACUCCUGCGCGCACGUGAUGGCCCAAGCCGUCAUGCGUCUGUACGAGGACGUGCAGCUCGCCUUCGGCCCGACGACCGCCAGCGGCUUCUACUACGACAUGCUCCUGCCCGAGCCGAUCUCCGAGGACGACUUCCCGAAGAUCGAGGCGGAGAUGAAGAAGAUCGUCAAGGAGAACCUCGUCUUUGAACGGCUUGAGAAACCGAAGGACGAGUCGCGCGAGCUCUGCCAAGAGCUCGGCCAGCGCUUCAAGGUCGAGCACGUCGAGACCGGCUUGGCCGAGGAGGACGGCGAUCUCUCCUUCUACCGCCAGGGCGAGUUUGUCGACCUCUGCCGCGGCGUGCACAUCCCCUCGACGUCGCACGUCGGCAAGGCGUUCAAGCUCCUGACGGUCGCGGGCGCCUACUGGAAGGGCGACUCGUCGCGCGACCAACUGCAGCGGCUCUACGCGACGGCGUUCUUCGACAAGAAGGAACUGAACGAGCACCUCGAGCGCCUUGAGGAAGCGAAGAAGCGCGACCACCGCGUGCUCGGCAAGCAACUCGAGCUGUUCACGAUCGACCAAACGGCCGGAUCAGGGCUGAUCCUCUGGCUGCCCAAGGGCGCCAUGAUCCGCCAGACGCUCGAGGAGAUGCUCCGCACCGAGCUCAUCAAGCGUGGCUACGAGAUCGUCUACACGCCGCACGUCGGCCGGGUCGAGCUGUACGAGACCUCCGGCCACUUUCCGUACUACCGUGACAGCCAGUUCCCCGUGCUCUGCGAGCACGAGGCCGGCUCUCUCGUCGACGUGCUGGUGGAGCGGCUCCGCGCCGGCGAGAUCACUCCUGACGAGGAGGCGAAGCUCCUCGAGGCCGCGCGCUUGCUCGGCUUCGACGGCGAGGUCGACGCCGCGGCUUCGAGCGAGGCCCGCGCCGCCGCGCUCGACGCUUGGGCGCACAAGCACGAGCGCUACUUGCUGCGCCCGAUGAACUGCCCGCACCACAUCAAGAUCUAUCAAUCGAAGCCGCGCUCGUACCGCGACUUGCCGGUGCGGCUGGCGGAGUUCGGCACGGUGUACCGCUACGAGCAGUCGGGCGAGCUGUCGGGCAUGACCCGCGUCCGCGGCUUCACGCAAGACGACGCUCACAUCUUCUGCACCGACGACCAGGUCGCCGACGAGUUCCGCGGCUGCCUCGAAAUGACCCAAUGGGUCCUCGAUUCGCUCGGCAUGACGGACUACCGCGUGCGGCUCGGCUUCCGUGACCCGGAUAGCUCGAAGUACGUCGGCGACGAGGCCCUGUGGGACCGCGCCGAGUCGGAGCUGCAGAAGGUUUGCGAGUCGAUGGACCUGCCGGGCUUGUCGAUCGAGCCGGGCGAGGCGGCGUUCUACGGACCGAAGGCGGACUUCGUCGUCACCGACUGCAUCGGCCGCGAGUGGCAGCUCGGCACGGUGCAGCUCGACUACAACCUGCCGAGCGAGGCGCGCUUCGACCUGGAGUACACCGGCGCCGACAACAAGCCGCACCGGCCGGUGAUGAUCCACCGAGCGCCGUUCGGUUCGAUGGAGCGUUUCCUCGGCGUGCUGAUCGAGCACUUCGCCGGCGCGUUCCCACUCUGGCUCGCGCCGAUCCAGGCGCGGGUUGUCACCGUCAGCGAGAAGUCCGAGGAGUACGGCCGCGAGGUGGAGGCGCAGCUCCGCGAGGCGGGCCUCCGCGUCGAGGGCGACUACCGCGGCUCGAAGCUCGGCGCAAAGAUCCGCGAGGGCCAGCUCGCGCUGAUCCCGUACCUGGUGAUCAUCGGCGAGAAGGACCGCGACGAGGGCACCGUCGCGCUAAGAGAUCGGAUCGACGGCGACCUCGGCGCCCAACCGCUGGCCGACGCGAUCGCCCACCUGAAGACGGAGAUCGCCGAGCGCCGCGUCCGCCAGGUGGCGAAGCCAGCCUCCGCCGACCUCAGCGGCAGAGCGGCGGGGAACGAGUGCUCGCACCUACCUCCCCGGAUCGUCCCCGAACCGAUAGCGCUCAGCCCCGGAGGGGCAGCAGCGCGUAGCCGGGGGCGCGAGCCCCCGGAUUCGACGUCGGCAAAACAACGAGCCCCGGAGGGGCGACAGCGAGCCCGUCUGCCGAUCGCGCUGUCGCCCCUCCGGGACUUGUGGGGUUCGCUUGGCCCAUCACCAGGGGCUUACGCCCCUGGCUACGCGCUGUCGAUGCACGCCAAGUUCUUCCGGAAGCUUGGGUAUCCGGAGGAGGCGAUCAGCCUGAUGACCAACCGCUCGCUAACUAAGGUGCUGGCGCCUACCCCGCCGACUCGCCCCGAACCGACGGCGCUCAGCCCCGGAGGGGCGGCAGCGCGUAGCCGGGGGCGCGAGCCCCCGGAUUCGAGGCUUGCGGGGGAUCGCUUGGCUCAUCACCAGGGGCUUGCGCCCCUGGCUACGCGCUGUCGUCCCUCCGGGACUCGUCGGGCCGACUGUUUAGAACCUGACGGUGCGAUUCCGCUUCGCUGCAUCGCACCCUACGUGGAGGUCGACGGCGUGAUCCAGCGCGGGUCGCCGUUGUUCUUUGUGGUGUGGGUCGGCUCGACGUUGUCGGUCGUCGUCGCGGCAGGCAUCGGUCUCGUGACGGGGGAGGGCGUGACGCGGUGGCUGCUCGCCGCGAUGGCGGCCGCCCACGUUGUCGGCACGCGAGGCGUUCGAGCCGCGGUGGAACCGCUGGAAUGUCGCGCGGACCUGGCUCGCGUCCGCGGUGGCGGCGGGGCUGCUGCUGAUGCUCUAGGGCAGAGUCGAAGUCGGUUUAGCGAUCGCGGCUCUUCUGUGGGAGGCGUCUCCGACGCCGAUGACGUGGCGCUCAACGUCCGCGAUGGCUCGUGCGAGGCGCUGACCGAAGCGGCGUGCGCGGUCGGUCGCGUCACCCGGGUAGAAUGGUGGUUCUCGGUUUCUGAAAAGCGAGCCACGGCAGGAGCUUGGGGGCGACAAAACUCCAAGGUGUUUUGGCGCAACGAGUUGCCCGCCGAAACAGCCGACUUCUGUCGGGGGGGCGCCGUUUCCCGCACCCCCGACAAAACUCCCGGCCGAAGGUUGUUGUUGCGUGACAAUCUGGUAACGUAUUGGGCGUCGUCUCACUUCGCCUGUUCGGAGAUCCUCGUCAUGUCACGUCUGGUCGCUGCGUUGUUGUUGGCGCUCUCGGUCGCCCUGCCGCUCGGCGCCGCGGACCUUGAGCCGGGGGACUAUGUGCUCAAGCCGUUCUCGAGCGACUUCCAGCGGCUCGCCGACCUGGUUGGCGUCUGGAAGGGGACCAAGGUCGACCACGAGGGCGAGGGGCCGGUCACCGUGGAGUACUACCUCACCUCGGGCAACAGCGCGUUGGUGGAGCGGCUCAUGAAGGGCUCGCCCGAGGAGAUGCUCAGCGUCUACCACGACGACGGCGACGGCGUGAUGGCGACGCACUACUGCGGGCUGGGGAACCAGCCGAGGUACCGCUCGACCGGCUUCGAGGGGGACGCGAUCACCUUCUCGUACCACGACGCCGCGAACCUGGCGGAGCCGACCGAGAUGCACAUGCACGGCGUGAAGCUGUCGAUGCCGUCGGCUGACGAGCUGGUGCAGGAGUGGGAGCACUACCACGGCGGCGAGCCGGCCGGCACGGUGACGGUGCGGCUGCGGCGGGUCGCCGACGAGAGCGCCGAUUUGUCCCGUUUCCGCACGUUCGAUCGCAACGCCGAUCGAAAAGACCAGCAACGCAUCAACGAAGCGAUCCGGAUCACUCCGGUGCGCGUGAUCUCCGCCGAGGGCGAGCAGCUCGGCGUCAUCGAGACCGAGGACGCCCUCAAUCAGGCGAAGGCGGCCGGUUUGGACCUGGUGGAGGUCGCUCCGAACGAGCGUCCGCCGGUCUGCCGGAUCAUGGACUACGGGAAGUUCAAGUACCAGCAGAAGAAGCGGCACAACAAGGGCCACGUCCACCAGAGCCAGAACAAGGAAGUCCGCCUGCGGCCGAAGAUCGGCGAGCACGACCUGAUGACCAAGGUCGAGCGGGCGAAGGGUUUCCUGGAGAAAAAGGACAAAGUCGUCUUCUCCGUGAUCUUCCGCGGCCGCGAGAACGCCCACACGGACGAGGGGUUCAAGCUCGUGCAGCGCGUCAUCGACGAGCUGGAAGAGAUCGCCAAGGUGGAGCAGGGCCCGUCGAUGCAGGGCCGCCGGGUGAUCCUCGCCGCGCCGCCUCAAACGGACUGCACGGCGACCCGACCCGAGCCACUACGAAGAGCGCCCCCGAUGCCCGACGCCGCGCCCCAGCUCAACACGCUGCUCGCCCCGCGGUAUCUGUUCCAGUUCGCCGUGCCGGUGCGGCGGAAGACGCCGAUCUGGUCGCCCAAGGGCGUCUCGUUCGGCGAGCCGUACGUCCUGCCCGACCUCGCCGCGCUCGACCGGGAGACGCCCGCCUCGGAGCGGCGGUUCGCCGACGUUCGGAUGGCCUGGGCGCCCGAAGGGGUCGCUUUCCGCGUCGAGGUGACCGACAAGCAGACACCGGUCUGGUGUCGCGAGACGCGUCUCGACGAGAGCGACGGGCUGCACGUCUGGAUCGACACGCGGGCGACGCACACCGUCCACCGCGCGACCAAGUUCUGUCACCGCUACGUUUUCACCCCGGCCGGCGGCGGCCGCGGCGACGCCGAGCCGGUCGCCGACCAACUGCUGAUCAACCGGGCCCGUGAGAACGCCCGCCCGGUGCGGGCCCGCGAACUGCAGGUCGCCGCGAAGGUCACGAAGAACGGCUACCGCCUGGCGGCGUUCAUCCCGGCGGUGGCCCUGACCGGCUACGACCCCGAGCAGCACCCGCGCUUGGGGUUCAACUACGCGAUCGUCGAUCGCGAGCUCGGCCUGCAGACGUUCGCCAGCGGGCCGGCGAUGCCGUUCGACGAGGACCCGAGCUGCUGGGCGACGCUCGAUCUGGUCGAUGGCUGA